UCCUUGCGACAAGAGUCUGCCAUUCAAGUCAUCGACAUCUCUCCAUGGUUGGAUCCUCGAGCCACAUCGCCAGAGCGUAAGGCAGUGAUCGAAGCGUUACAGUUUUCCUGCACGACACACGGGUUCUUCUCGCUCAUCGGACAUGGCAUCCCAUUGAAAAUGCAAGAGCAGGUGCUAGACUGCGCAAAGACCUUCUUCGCCAUGUCUAUGGAAAACAAGAUGGAAGUUUCGAUGAAGAGAUGUAUGGGUAUGUCGAACAGAGGAUACGAAGUUCUGCAGGGCCAAGCCUUGCAACCUGGCGCUUUACCUGAUUUGAAAGAGAUUGGCGCUGAAGUUCCAGCUGAUGAUCCACGAGCAGGUGAAUUCUUGCAUGGACCAAAUUUAUGGCCUUCUUCUCUGGACAGAUCCGACUUUCAGACACCACUGAUGGAGUAUCUGGCUCGUCUAACGGGAGUCGCAGAACUUCUACUUGAGAUGCUGAGACAGGCACUUCCACAUCCUCCAACAGAGGAUAUAUUCGAAGAAUUUCGCGUCAAGCCAUCGACGAACCUGCGAUUGCUUCACUAUCCACCACAAAAGUCGCUCGAUGAGAGACAACUGGGUGCCGGUGCGCACACGGAUUUUGGAGGCAUAACCCUUCUGCUUCAGCAGCCCGGUGCUCCUGGGCUAGAAGUCUGGCAUCCGCAGACCUCAUGCUGGAUUCCUGUUCCCGCCGUUGAAGAUAAUCUUGUAGUCAACAUCGGCGAUCUGUUGAACCUCUGGACCAAUGGUCACUAUCGUAGUGCUGUUCACCGUGUCAUCAACCGUGAGCCGACAGAUCGCUACAGUGCUCCUUUCUUCUACAAUGGGAACACGGCUUGCACCUUUUCACCUUUGCCUAUCGGAUCCGAGCAAGUUGAUACAUCUGUACAGACUGUAGAAGGCCACAUCCUGGCAAAAUUGAGGGCAACUAGAGAAAAGAUAGUAAACACGGACAUCAGACAAGGAGUACCAUCAGUAGCGAUGCAC